UUUCUGUAAGCACAACCCCCAUUCCAGUUUUGCAAAUUCCAUUGGCAAACAUGGUUGAUCUUGCCUUUGGCCUCGCAGGAAAGGUCUUGGAGAAACUAGGGUCCUUUGCAUAUCAAGAGCUUUGCUUGGCCUGGGGCCUCCAAACUGACCUGAAAAAGAUUGAGCGCACUAUUUCCACCAUCAAAAUCGUGCUCUUGGAUGCUGAAGACAAGCAAGCAAGCAAUCUCGUGCUGAGGGACUGGCUGUGGCAGCUCAAAGAUAUCUUAUAUGAUGCAGAUGAUGUGAUAGAUGAAAUUGAGUACAACGCUUUAAGGAAGCAAGCGAUUACAGCAUACGGAAGCACUAGUACAAAGGUACGACAUUUCUUUUCUUCCUCCAUGGCACUUCCAUCCCGUUUAAAACUGGCUCACAAAAUCAAGGACAUUAGAGAGAGGUUAGAUGAGAUUAAAGCUAAUAAGAAUCAGUUUAAUCUCAUUGAACGACGUGAAGAUGAGCAUGUCAUGCCCAUGUGGAGGGAAAUGACUCAUUCCAGUGUUGAAUCAUUGGUCAUCGGUAGGCAUGGGGACAAAGAAAAAAUCGUAGAGCCUCUGAUGAAGGCCAAUGGAAAUGUUAAUGUAAUUUCCAUAGUUGGAUUAGGAGGUAUGGGGAAGACCACACUUGCCAAGUUGGUCUACAAUGAUGAGACCGUAGUUAAUCAUUUUCAAUUGAAAAUGUGGGUUUGUGUCUCUACGGAUUUUAGAGUUACAAGAUUGAUGGAAGAAGUCCUAAAAUCUGCUGGUUGUAAAGUUAAUAAGAAUUCAAGUACUGAAGAUACAUUGCAGACUAGAUUGAGAGAACUUUUAGAGGAUAAAAGGUUUCUACUGGUCUUAGACGAUGUCAGGAAUGAUAAUAGAAAUAAAUGGGUUGAAUUGAUAGAUUUGCUUAAUGGAGGUUCGCAUGGAAGUGUAAUUGUUGUAACAACACGUAGUCACAAGGUGUCUUCCAUUUUAGACCCUAUUUACACACAUUCUUUAGAAGGUCUAUCAAAAGAAGAUUGUUUGUCUCUGUUUGUGAAAUGUGCAUUCAAGGAAGGAGAAGACAAACGAUAUCCAAACCUCUUAUCAAUUGCGGAUAAAAUAGUGGAAAAGUGUAAAAGGGUUCCAUUGGCCGUGAAGAGUUUAGGUGGUCUACUUUAUUCGAAAGUCGAUGAAAGAGAGUGGGAAUUUGUGAGAGAUAGCGAGAUCUGGGAAUUAGAAGAAAAUGAAGGAAGCAUCUUACCUGCAUUGCGAUUGAGUUAUAAUCAAAUGCCAAUUCAUUUGAAGCGAUGCUUUGCCUAUUGCGUUAAUUUCCCAAAGGAUCAUGAAUUCAAUAAUUUCUUGUUAAUUGAACAAUGGGUGGCACAUGGAUUAAUUCUCCAAUUACCUGUUUACAAAAAACAGGAGUUGGAAGAUAUUGGAGACUUGUACAUUAAAGAGUUAAUGUCGAGAUGUUUCUUCCAAGAUCUUGAUGAACCUAUUUUUGAUAUGUAUACCUUCAAAAUGCAUGAUCUCGUUCAUGAUCUUGUGCUCUCUAUUGGCCAUGAAGAGUGGUUGGAAAUAGACUCUGACAAUAAAGACAUGGCCUCGACUGUUCAUCAUUUGUCAAUUUCAUCUAGUGACCAACAAGUUUCAAAGUUUUCGAACAAGUUAGCUAAUGUGAGGAGCAUCAUGUACCGAACCAAACCACACGUGUCCUCAGUUGAAGCAUGCAUCUCAAGAUUCAAGUCUUUACGUGUGCUAGCUAUACCUGGUUCAAAUUUUGAGAAUUUGCCAAGUUCCAUUGGUACUCAAAAGCAUUUGAGAUAUCUUGACCUAUCCAAUAAUCUGUCGAUCAAGAAGCUUCCUAAUUCCAUUUGCAAGUUACACAAUUUGCAAACCUUGUUACUUGGUGGAUGUCGAAACCUUGAACGACUGCCCAAAGAUAUGAGGAACAUGAUCAACCUUAGGUUUCUUGGGAUUUCAACAAAAGAUACAUGCUUGUUCGUGAAUGGAGUAUGUUGCUUUAAUUCUCUUCAGAUUUUAUUUGUGGUGGAAUGUCCAAGACUCGAAUGCUUGUUUCCACAGAUGGACAGGUGCCUCACCAACCUUCGUAUAUUGGUUUUUGUGGAUUGUGAUAGUUUGACCUCUUUGCCACCUAUUAUCAAGCACCUAAAAGCCUUAGAGUCAUUGUGCAUUUGUGAUUGUGAAGAAAUAGAUUUGACGGGAGGAGGAGGAGGAGGAGAUGUACAAGACCUCAAUUUGAGACUCCAAAUCUUGUAUAUAAUAAAUUUACCAAAGUUGGAGAUUUUACCCGAAUGGCUCCUAGGAUCUGCAAACACGUUAAAGGAGCUACAUAUCAAUGGCUGCGAAAAUCUGAAUGCGUUGCCAGAGUGGUUACCAACUCUGAAAUCACUUCACUCAUUGGAGAUCAUUGAAUGCGAUGAGCUAUCAUCUCUACCGGAGGGGAUUCAUCAUAUGAAAACAUUAAGAAAAGUGAAGAUUAAAGAUUGUCCUCAACUUGUUACUCGUUUAGAAGACUGGUCUAACAUACCAGAGCUCGAACUCGAUUCUGAAGAUGAUCAAGAAUAUGAUGAGCAUUCUGAAAAAGGUGAAGAUGAUCAAGAUGAUCAAGAAGACGAUGAGGAUUCUAAAAAAGGUGAAGAUGAUGAAGAAGAUGCUUAGCUUUGGCCUUAAUUCGACGAGCCAUGAGUCGAAGUGAAUGCCAGCUUGAACGGACAUAGCUUUGAUCGGUACCUAUAUAUAUAUAUGUUAUUUGGAUUGGUGAAUAAUAAUGUAUUUGCUUCGGUACCUAUAUCUAUCUUUUUUCAAUGUAUAAAAUGCUUCACGUGUACUGUUGGUUUCGUAAAUGCAUGUGGGGAAUAAUAAUGUAUUGGAAUAAUAAUGUACUA